CGAUAAAUGGACCCUGGACUGGCCUCGCCCUUCACACUCAUCGCAGCGCUGCGUCGAAGAGGGCUUCCGAGGGCUUCUGACUCUGACCUUCAUCCAUUCUUCGACUCGAAUGAGAACCCGGUCAUCCACUCAGACACUGGUAUCAGUUUUUGCACUGCUUUUGACCUUGGAAUUGGUCACUGGAGUCACCUACAACGACUGCCUAGAUGCCAAGGACGUCGGCAAAAUGACGGAGACGAAGCGAAAUCAAUUCUGCAGGGAUCUCCCGAAGAAACCUAAACGCAUGAAACCCGUGUGCUGGGGAUACGUUCCUGAAUCUGCGAACAUUUGGAAUGGAUUCUGCUUAGAGUACAAGGAAUACUUCAAAUGAUGUACUUGAGCUAUGAGAAUCGCGAAUAAAAACGAUUUAUGAAAAUAA